CGUAAAAGUUGAAGGUUGAAUUGCAAUCCAGGAAGAUUUAUCUUCUUUUCAAAACGGUUGAAACUUGUCCUUUUAUUGUUAUACACAACAGCCAUGAAUAAACACGAUUUAAAAGUUAAAAAAAACUACCAAGAUUCAGUAAAAUGAUUUUGAGUUAGAAAGGGUUAGUAAAUAUCGGUAAAUAAGUGAUUGUGGAUUAAAUGUGUUAAAGCGAAACAAAAAGAAAAUGCAGUGGUCUGAGGAUUGUUACCGACUAGAUAAAGUGACUGAUAUAUUUGGCAUGCCGUGUGUUGUAAGACUUGAAGAGGGUUACCUACCUCCUGACGAAGCUGAAGAGUUUGCUCAAGGAGAUAUCAUUACGCUUGAUACAGAAAUUCCCUCUGACAAAGUUGGAGCAUACUUUAUUCAAUCUGAUGAUAAAGAUAAAGAAAACGUCAAAAAGACACCUAAAACACCAGAUUAUGGAGUUCUUACAUCAGAUAGCCAGGAAGUCUUUUUGCCGUAUAGUUAUGAUGGUAAAUUAAGAGUGUUGAAAAAGAUUGUGAAAGUACAAAAUGUAAAAGAACUCGCAGAAAUCUUCCCAGGUUAUGCUGAGCUUGAAGGGAAACUAUCAAUUAAAACUAAUAAAGGUGAAUCAAUUACACUAACAAAAGGGACCACUAUUGAACUGGACCGAACAAUUCCCGGCUCGAAUUCAGCACCAGAUACGCUUGUUAUCAAAUUUGAACAUUCUAAGCAAGAAAAAGUUGCUGCAGUACCUUACACUAUGAAAGGAAAAUUUCACACAAAAGCAGAUUUAAAAAAGUAUACCAUUAAAGAAGCAAUCGAAAGAUAUGGACUACCACUAGAAGUGAAGUUCAUCACCGAUGAAAUUAGGCAGAAGUUUUACCAAGAAGUUUUAGCGGGACGUCGUAAGCUCGCAUCUGUCACUGCAACAUUAAGACUUAAUCGAAUAGUAAAACAACGUGUCAUAGUAGGACAUUACAAACCUAUCACUGACUUAGAAAAAACUGAAGAAGCUGGCGACAUUGGGGCAGAGAAAAACGAAAAUGCUGACAGUGAAAAUACUGGCACUGAAAAUACUGAAGGCAGUGAAGCUGGAAAUAAAGAUGUACGUAAGAGAACCGUUGUUGUGAUACCAGUAGACGAUCCAGAGAUUGGGGAGAUACCUGUGAAUGUCUGCGAGGGAGAUGUUUUGACCAUAUAUGAGUCUCUUGUCAAUAUAAAGAGUGUUACAGAAGCGCGUGAUAUGGUGGCACAAACACUGUGUCUCGAUUUUGAAGUAAAACCAGGAAUGAAACUUAUCACCGCUAACGAAGAAGACUCGAAGAAGUAUGAAAAUGUAAAACAUGGACCCCCACCUUUACCUGCAAGACCCCCACGUCAGUUACCAAUAGCAACGGCAUUCGAGGGAGCGGAUGCAGCAGAUCAUCCCCACAAACAGUCACCUAUCCCCACUGAAGAUCCUGAUGAUUACUUAAUGCCAAUAACAGAGAGACUUGAAAAAGAUCUUGAUGGUUAUGUUGAUAUGAAAGGGCCGCUUGGAAACAAGGUCUAUACAGAGAACCCAGCAUUACCUCCCCGUAAACCUACACCUAUACAAUUACCAACGAAAAAACAUGAUACAGACAAGAAAGACAAGGGAAAAAAGGAAAGAAAACAUUUCUGGCAGAAAUCUGUCAAAUAUCAUGGUCAAGAAAAACCUAAAGUUGCGGAAAAAAAGCUAAAACCCGCGAUGCCCGAUCCUCCUUCUCAGUAUUCAAUAGAAGAUGACGGUCUUGAUGGCUAUGAGGAAAUUCAGAAAACGGCCAGAGGUCCAAUUCCUCCAGACAUAGACAAAAGACCACCACCAUCUCUUCCAGUAUCUUCAUCAGCAGACUUGGGAGAAUACGAAGAAAUCGAGGGGUUGACACGUGAUCCAAGUAGAACUGAGGUACCUAGAAACAAUAGCUCCGGUGAUAAAACUCUAAGCGGCUAUGAUGAAAUAGAAGAGGUUGAAGCACUUCAUAAACAGGCGCGGGGUGACACAAAACCAUUAUUCGUGAGAGGAACAUCAUUAACAAAAGACUCAGAUGAAGCCACCGAUGUACAUGGAACAUCAACCUCACAUUCUGAUGCAAGUACACCAGAAAAUUUAGAAAGUAAUGCAAAUGUUUCAAAGGAAAGAAAUAAUAAAGCUAAAAAUACAAACCACAAACUGUUUCAAGAUUUGUCAAGCGAAGAACUUGUAGAAAGGCUUAUUUUAUGCAACUUACACGACACUGCUGCGAUUUGUAAGGAAGAAAAGCUUGAUGGAUCUUUUUUUACAGAUGAAACUCCUGAAUCGUUGAAAGACGCGUUUGGGUUACAAGGACUGAAGCUCGCCAAGUUUUUAAAAAUGAGAGAUGAAAAUUGGGUUACAAAAUGAAAUGGUUUCUGAAAAAAAAACAGAUACAAUUCUAUGUUUUUAACUAUACAAGCGUUACAAUUCAUAUUAUCUUGUUAUACAGUCUGCAAUGUAAUAUUUACUUGAUUAGAAUAUUUUUCUAUCCAUUUCAACGAAAUCAAAUAAUAUCUUUCCCUUUGCUUUGCAAAAUAUGCUUUUAGCAUCGACUAUAGUUUUUUUAUAGUUCACCGAGUGUGACUGUACAUAUUUGCUGUUUGUUGAGGAGCAUUCAUUGUUAUUUUUACCUCGUACUUAGAAAUAUACCUAUUUUAAACUUCCGUUCUCAAAAUUGUGACAUGAAGAAUGUUAUUUUCAAAUUGUCUACCGUCUAAGCUGUUUCUUUACAUUAAAAAAAAUCGAAAGUUUUAAAGAAUCAUUACUUUAAAAAUUACAAAGCAUGUCUUUGUAUUCCAUUAUGCAAUGGAAGGCAUCCUUAUUCAGCUGAAAGUUUUGGAAAUGGUUACAAUAUUUAUUUUCAUACCUCUCGAUGAAAAUAAAUACUGUAUAUAUAGGAAAAAAGCAUGCAUGGCCUCUAUUUAGUUAUUAAAAAUAACAUACAAAUGAGCCGUGUCAUGACAAAACCAACGACCAGCACGGAUCCAGACCAGCAUGCGCAUCCGCGCAGUCUGAUCAAGAUCCAUGCUGUUCGCUUACAAACCCCUAUAACAAGAAGAGAAACUGAUAGCGAACAGCAUGGAUCCUGAUUAGACUGCGCGGAUGCGCAGGCUGGUCUGGAUCCAUGCUGGUCGCAAACGCACUAUGUUGGUUUUGUCUUGACGCGGCUCAAAUAAUGUCCCUAGAAUAGCCAAGAUAUCAUUACAAAUAAAUAACUUUUACAUCCUUGUUUGUUAAAUAUCGCACGUUUGCAAUACAUUUUCUUUACUUUGUUUACAUUUGUAAAUACAAUAGCGACUAAAGAAUACCAUUGUGUGAUAUUUAAAUGUGAUUUGUGGUUAGUUAAAAAGAUUUGUUUAUUCGAUGUACGUUCACGUAUAACAUUUUGGAGGAAAAAUAUUUUAGUACAAACUCUUUGCUAGUUUCGGCCAAAUGAAAUGUGAGAUAGAAUAAGGGGAGGCAACUAGAGUUUACAUUAAGGGACUUAUUAACAAUGUGUUGUCAAUGAUAAAGAUAUUUUGCAUAUAAAAACAAAUAUGAAUCAAUAUUGUGUCAGUCAAGUAUAUUUCAGUUUACUGCUUAUAUUUAAAAAAGACAUCCUCAUUUAAUUACUGCAAUAUUUAAAGUUUUCAGUUUAUUUUUACUUAUUUUGAUAGUGAACCUAUCUAUAGAAACAAUUUAGCAAUGUUCUACCUUAAGACUUACUUUUAUGAUUUUUUAAUAUGUGUAAACUAUUAUUACCACUCCAUUUGAGAACAUUCUCGUAGAAAUACAGUCCUGUCAGUGAUUUAAUGUCAUUUUGUUUCCAGUUCAUAUCCAAUGCAUUUACAGAUGAUGGCAAGACACUGGAAAUAACGCUCGUAACAUUACCUGUUUUAUUAUUGUUAUUUCUAAGUCUAUGAAUAUUAUGUAGCUGUAACUGCCACUGUAACUGUCAGAUCUUACAGGAACUCCACUGGGGUCAAAAAGCUUUAAACUUACAAUUUAAAUUCCGUACAUAUAUCAACUUAAAACAGAAUGAUAUAUAAUUUCAGAUAAUUAAGAAAUACACUCAAAAAUGAAUUGAAAAUUGUAUUUUAUGCUAUUUCAAUAAUGAUUUUAAUGAAAAGCGUUGGUAAAGGGAUUUUCAAUUGUGAUUCUUUCUAAUAACGGAGUUAGGGAAAAGACCUUCAUAGAAUGGAACAUUAAUCUCGAAAAUAUAUUUCCAGUCCCGCAAUGUCUUAAAACCUCAGUGGAGUCCCUUUAAUACAGGACGAAACGAACAGUAUGACGUAAUGCAUCGGUGCUCUUUUAUGAGAGUGAUGUACUUUAAACGGCGAUUAGUUUGUACAACUAUGGUUAUCUGUUUUCAAAUAUGGGUUUGUCGACUGUUAAUUUCAUCGUGUAAAGUCUAUUUAUAAGGCACCAGUCAUUAUCAAAAGGUAGACUUACCAACGUUUAAAAACAAACUAUUUUCAUUGCAAAACCAGAAUUGUAUUUAGUUUAAACAAUAUGUAAUUUUAAUCUACAUUUACAUAAUAAAGUACAUUAAAUAAAAUUUACGUAUUGAGUAGAAAGCUUGAAAAGCUUUUUUUGAAAACUUUCUUCAGGAAAUGUAUUUAUAUGACGUAAUAAUGAUGCUGUUGUUGUUCUCCAGAAUUUAUGUUUUUAUUUUUAUAUACAUAUGUAAGUAUUGUUGAAAAUGAAUAUGUAUUUAAUAGUAAGUGUAAAUAAAUGUUUACGAAAAUGUG